AUGCUACCAACAAUUAAAAUGAGACAACUAUGCCCUAUAAUGGAUAGCACAAACCUUGUGUCUCGGCCAGACAAAUACUAUUGGGGCAUCGCGCGAGCAGACGUUAUCCAUGUUCAAUAUCUGGAUCCUAUUAUGAACAAUGUGUUUCCAAACUACGGAUUGUUGCCUCGACGUUGCAACUUGCAAGCGUUGCAUGAAAGCUUCUAA